AUGGAGAUGCGUGAAGCCAUCCUCAGCCUUCAUUCUGAGGGCGAAACUUGUCAGGAGAUUGCUAGGACCCUUUCCAGCUUGAAGGUGACGAAGAGUACUGCCUGGUACACCAUAAAAAGAUACAAGUACACAGGAAGUGUGGAAAAUAGGCCAAAGUCAGGACGACCUCGGUCCAUCAGAACCCGGAAGUUAAUUGAAGCUACCCGGAGCAAGAUCAGAAGGAAUCCAAAACGCUCCAUUCGAAAAUUGGCCUCAGAAGCUGGAGUGGGUCGAGAAAGUAUGAGAAAGGUCAUAAGGAAGGACCUUAAGAUGAAGGCAUAUCACCUCCAGAAGAGACAAUUGCCGAGUGCUGCCAUGGUAACAAAGAGGCUAUCCAGAGCCAAAGUUCUUCGAGACUGGAUGAAGGCUUGGCCGGAAAAAAGUAUCAUUUGGACAGAUGAAAAAAAUUGCACCGUGGAGCAAGCAUGCAAGAGCCACAAUGACAGAAUCUUGGCCAGGAACAUUAAGAAGGUUCCUGUCAAUAACAAAACCAUAUUUCGGAGGCAACACCCAGCCUCAGUGAUGGUCUGGGCCGGAGUGACGUCAUGUGGAAAGAAAACCCCCUUAAUCUCUAUCCCAGAGGGUGUAAAAGUGAACCAAGUACUUUAUUUGGAGAUGUUGACGGAAAAAGUUCUUCCUUGGGCCCAAACCCAGCACUGGGACCACUCUUACUGUUUCCAGCAGGACGAGGCACCCAGCCACACAGCCAACAAAGUCCAGGAGUGGUGUCAGAAAUUUUUCCCCGAAUUUUGGUCCAAGGAGAUGUGGCCUCCAUCCUCUCCAGAUCUUAAUGUUAUGGACUAUGCCAUAUGGUCCAUACUGGAGAGGAAAGUGGGUGUCAAAACCUACAGCAAUGUGGAGGACCUCAAGGUAGCUUUAUUGGCUGCAUGGGCUGAUCUUGAUGAAGAGGUCAUACGUAGAUCUUGUGGCGCAGCAAGGAAGAGGUUGAAUGUGGUAAUUAAGGCCAAAGGAGGAUAUUGCGAAUGA